AGGCCAGGGGGUGGCCAGGGUCCCUGGGUCUCAUUCUGCAGCUGUGGGUGCUGUGGCAGGUUCUCUGAGGGGAGUGUUGUCAGGUGCCUCCGCCGCAGGUGGGGGCCGCUGGAAGGGAGCGGACUUUUGCACGAAUGUCCUAGGACAUGCCUGUGGGGAUGCCUUUGGCUGCCAUGGCUGCUGGUCUCUCGAAGUAGCCUGACCAGCCAAGAGGUUCCUUCUGGGCCAUGAGGCGCCCGCGGCUUUUGCAGACAGGACCCCCGUGUCUGUGCCGGCAGCUAGACAGAGCCAAGCCAACCGCAGGGCGUGGCAGAGGCGGUGCGAGCGGGAGGUGAAGUGCGGGCCCGGACUCAGGCCUCCCGUCCUCCAUGCUGCUCCCCCGCCGAGGCCCCGCCCACUGUGCUCUGGCUCUAGCUGACAACAAGAGUUUCCAGCCCCACUGGGAGUGAGAAGACGGAGCUGGCCCCCGAGGACCAUCCCAGAGGCAGCCAGGAUCACCCCAACAGUCCUCCAUGUGAAGCGCCCCAGGAUGCAGCAUGCCUCCCCAGCCCCUGCUCUGACCAUGAUGGCCACGCAGAGUGUCCCGGCCCCUCCCUACCAGGACAGCCCGCAGAUGACGGCGACCGCACAGACACCCUCGAAGGCCCAGGCAGUGCACAUCCCCGCCCCAGCAGCCGCGGCCAGCACGCCCGUGCCCAGCGCCCCUGUCGACCCGCAGGCCCAGCUGGAGGCGGACAAGCGGGCCGUGUACAGGCACCCCCUCUUCCCGCUCCUGACGCUGCUGUUUGAGAAGUGCGAGCAGGCCACGCAGGGCUCCGAGUGCAUCACCUCGGCCAGCUUCGACGUGGACAUCGAGAACUUCGUCCACCAGCAGGAGCAGGAGCACAAGCCCUUCUUCAGUGAUGACCCGGAGCUGGACAAUCUGAUGGUGAAGGCGAUCCAGGUGCUGCGGAUCCACCUGCUGGAGCUGGAGAAGGUCAACGAGCUCUGCAAGGACUUCUGCAACCGCUACAUCACCUGCCUCAAAACCAAAAUGCACAGCGACAACCUGCUCAGGAACGACCUCGGGGGGCCCUACUCCCCCAACCAGCCCUCCAUGAACCUUCACUCGCAGGACCUCCUGCAAAGCUCCCCCAACUCCAUGUCCGGGGUGUCCGCUAACCCCCCUGGGAUUGUGGUGGCGGCGUCCACGCUCCAGCCAGGCAACAUCGCCAUGACAACCGUCAACUCCCAAGUGGUGUCAGGUGGAGCCUUAUACCAGCCGGUCACCAUGGUGACCUCCCAAGGCCAGGUGGUCACGCAGGCCAUCCCGCAGGGCGCCCUCCAGAUCCAGAACACACAGGUUAACCUUGACCUUACCUCCCUCCUGGACAACGAGGACAAGAAGUCCAAGAACAAGCGCGGCGUCCUGCCCAAGCAUGCCACCAACAUCAUGCGCUCCUGGCUCUUCCAGCAUCUCAUGCACCCCUACCCCACGGAGGAUGAGAAGAGGCAGAUCGCGGCCCAGACGAACCUCACCCUCCUGCAGGUGAACAACUGGUUCAUCAACGCCCGGAGACGCAUCCUGCAACCCAUGCUUGACGCCAGCAACCCAGACCCCGCACCCAAAGCCAAGAAGAUCAAAUCUCAGCACCGCCCCACGCAGAGAUUCUGGCCCAACUCCAUCGCGGCGGGGGUGCUGCAGCCGCAGGGGGGCGCCCCGGGCACAAACCCCGAUGGUUCCAUCAACCUGGACAACCUCCAGUCCCUGUCCUCGGACAACGCCACCAUCGCCAUGCAGCAGGCCAUGAUGGCCGCCCACGACGACUCGCUGGACGGGACCGAGGAGGAGGAGGAAGACGAGAUGGAAGAGGAGGAGGAGGAGGAGCUGGAAGAGGAGGCGGAUGAGCUGCAGACGACGAAUGUCAGUGACCUGGGCUUGGAACACAGUGACUCGCUGGAGUAGCGGACAGCCUGGACGGCGCUGACCGCCGCCUCCGCAUGGGCUCCCGGCCCCGGGGGGAGGGGAAGAUGCGCAGAGGGGAGCCUGCUCUGCCCGUCCAUCGAGCCUCACCGAGCCCCCCGCCCCUCCCCCAGAGCUGGGGGGCCAAGGGGCAGCCGUGAGAUCUGGACUCACCAAAUUUCCCAGGACAGACGCCCCUGGGCCCCCGACCCCGCAGAAGGACUUGUCGGCGAGUCGCCCUGCCCACGGGGCCAGGGCUGGCUGCGGGGCGCCCUCCGCCCGUGGAUACGCUGCAGAGGGAAGGGCAAGGCCGACGGGGGCCCACAUUCCGCCCCCAGACGGUUCUCGGCUGCUUCGUGAGACUCAGGGCAGGAGGAAGCCCCAAUGCAGAGCCAGUGGCCGGAGGAGGGGAGGGCCGGGGGUGCCCCCGGGGCAGGUGGGGCAGGGAGCACAGCACCUCCUCCCGCCUGGAGAAAACAGAGGCAUGGGCUCAAAUAGGUGGCCACGAAGUUCCCCCUGGGGUUGGCUUUGGGGACCACUGUCCCCUAUCACUCUCCCCAGGUGGUCCCAGAACUCAGCUCGUCCCAGCAGAACCGUGGGGUGAACCUGCUUCCCCCGCCUCACCCCCACAGACCAGCGGAGGGCCGCCAGGCCAGCUUAGGUCUCCCCUCCCGGGAUGCUCCUUUGCAGGCGCCCCCCAGCGGCCCCCCUCAACUCCAUUCUAUCCUUCCAGGAAGGCAGAAGAAAAAUCGGCAAGAAGCAUCCAGCCCACUGGGAAGCCGGGGGCUGGAGAAGGUGCUACAUCCCUUUUCCCAUCGGCAUCCAGAAUGCGGGGUGGGCCCGGAGACGUGGCACCCCGAGCCAAGUGGUGCCGCCCACCCUGCUCCCAUCUGCACCCCGCCUUGGGCCCUGAACGGGAGGCCCCGCCCCCUGGAGGAGGCCCCGCCCCGCGCCCCGCCCCCCGGCCGUGAGAACUGGAUUGCUGCGCCUGCGUGUGUGUCCCACAUGCCUUCCGGGCAAGGACCACAGCUUCCUCUGUGACAUGUGCGCUGGCCAGUUCCAGCCGGGGCAGCAUGGAGGGGCUGCCUGCACCCUCGGGCCCCUGGGGUUCUCCCCACACACACACCUGGUUGGGGUAGUGCACAAAAGGAUGAUUGCUUUCUUGAGGUCUCUCAAAAAUGAAUGUAUUUCUCCCCACCCCGCCCCCCACCCCACCCCCCAAAAAAGAGCUGAUAUUUAAUGUUUUAAUAGGGAUUUUUGAGCAACAAAAUAUUAUUUAUAAUCCGGGUGAUCCAAUCAUUUUUUUACUCCCUUUUGAUGCCAUAGGUAGAGGCAAGUCGAGCUUUUUUGGCGUGAGACUUUUGCAACGUGCAGUGGGAUAAAAUACAUUUCUCUUUCUGGUUCAUUUUUUUUUCUCGUCAAGACGCACGCGCGCACACGCACCCCCCCCCCUUCCAGGCCCCCCUCUGGACAGGCACACCUGCACACCUCCUCCUCUCAGCCCUCCACCUGCCCGGGGUCCGCACCUCCUGAUGUAUCCACCAAGCCAGGACUGAAUGUGGCCGAGACGUUUUCAGUAAAUCUUAUUAACUACCA